AAUGCCAAAUUAGGGUUCCAAGGUCGUGGGGCCCCGACUGCGGUUCGAGGCUUGCGAGAAUGGAUCUGCGAGGGUUUCCUCAGCACAAGCCCCCGGUUGAAUGCUUUGGGCUGUUUUCACGACACUUAGUUUGUUGCCGAUCAGUGUCACUGGGAGGUCUUAUGUAUUUUUUACAGUGGGCCUUUUAGGUUUUCGGUUUGUAUGCUCUGUGUUCGUGUGUGUUGUUGUUUUCAUGGGUUGUUGAUGAGGGAUUAGGGCGGGUAUAGUGGAAAGACAAGGGAAUGGUAGCCAUGUCAGUCCAGGCCGGGAUGAGCGACGUGGGGAUUUCAGGUGGGAAGGUUGAGGAUGCGGAGAGGAAUCCUUUGUUGCAAGAGGAUGCGCAGUUCCCGGGGCAUGACGGUCCUUGGGAUGGGGUUCGGGAGGUAGCGGACGGUGAGGAAGACGAGAGUGACGAGGCAAUUCAGCAGCGGAGACAGAAGACUCAGUCCAAGUUGUUGCACCAGCAGAAAGAGGAGGAGGCAGGUUUGGAGGAAGAGUUGGAGGAGGAGGACGAAGACGACGAGGAGUCUGCAUACGAGACGGAUUCGGAUUCCGGGUUGGCAUCCGUGGUGAAGCCCUUGGUGUCGAAACCGGAGCUGGACACCAUUGCGGAGCGGGAUAAAUUGGAAAUGGAGGAGGAGGUGAUGAAGUCCCCAACACCGUCUGCCGGUGAUGAAGUCAAGAACGAGGAGGAGGUUGUGAAGAACAGGGAAGAUGAAGAUUGGGUAAUGAGACCAAGGCAUAAGAGAACGAUUUCUGGAAAACUCGGAGAAAAUCGUUCUUCGAACAAGUUCUUGAGCAUGUGGACAAGGAUAUUUUCGUCGGUCUGGAUGAUUGGCGGAUUUAUUUUGAUAGUUUACAUGGGCCAUCUCUACAUAUGGGCUAUGAUUGUAGUUAUCCAGCUUUAUAUGGCUCAGGAACUCUUCACUCUUGCAAGGGGGAAAACAGGACGCGAUAAUAAGCUCCCCGGCUUUCGAUUACUUAAUUGGCAUUUUUUCCUUACGGCGAUGUUAUAUGUUUAUGGACGCUUUUUGAACAAGCAUCUGGUGAAGACUAUUUAUAGUGACCACAUGAUCCCACACCUUUUCAAAUACGGAUUGAUCAAAUAUCACAUGCUUAUAUGCUACUCACUGUACAUCGCAGGUUUUGUCUGGUUCAUUCUGACUUUGAAGAAAGGCUCGUACAAGUAUCAGUUUGGUCAAUUUGCUUGGACGCACAUGAUUUUAUUAGUUGUAUUUGCACAAUCCUCCUUCACGGUAGCCAACAUUUUUGAGGGCAUCAUAUGGUUUUUACUACCUGCCUCCUUAAUAGUGAUCAAUGAUAUUAUGGCUUAUUUCUUUGGCAUUUUUUUUGGCAAAACUCCUUUGAUUAAACUAUCACCUAAAAAGACUUGGGAAGGUUUUAUUGGAGCAUCUAUCACCACUGUUAUGUCUGCUUUUAUGCUUGCGUAUGUCAUGGGUCAGUCGGAAUGGCUUACAUGUCCCCGAAGAGAUUUAUCAACUGGAUGGCUGGAAUGCGACCCAGGACCUCUAUUUAAACCAAAAUACUAUCCUCUUCCGGCUUGGACACCGCAGUGGUUUCCUGUGAAAGAAUUUGGAGUGAUGCCAGUGCAAAGACAUGCGAUGGCAUUUGGACUAUUUGCAUCCCUCGUUGCUCCAUUCGGGGGUUUCUUUGCUAGUGGAUUUAAGCGAGCCUUCAAAAUUAAGGACUUUGGUGACAGUCUUCCAGGUCAUGGUGGUAUGACUGAUCGAAUGGAUUGUCAGAUGGUAAUGGCGGUUUUCUCAUACAUCUACUACCAGUCCUUCAUUGCUACUCACCGAUACACAACAAAGUCUUUACUUGACCAGAUAUUGAUGAACUUGACGGUAGAAGAGCAGAUGAUUCUUUUUAGGCAGCUUGGUGAGGCCCUGCAACUUACGUGAAGUGUUUGGCAAGGUUCGAAGAUUGAAGACAAGUUGGUCAUCAUUGUAUGUUGCCUUAACUUGAAAUUGUUUUCCCGUCAGUUGGCCUGAGUAGAAACCCAAGCUCUAUGCUGUGGGUUUUUUUGUAUAUACUAUAGGUGACGCACCCCGUAAAAUAGCCAGUAAAGAGGGAAAAGUGCGUACUCACUAACAAUCUUGUUCAGCAUUUAGUACGCUAUGUUGUAAUUUUGUCAAUUCGCAUAACAAAAGUGCAAACUUGUUGAAUCUGA